AUAUUUUUGAGUUCCAUAUCUUCCAUAUUAUGUCCAUAUUCCAUUUAUCUACAUAAUAAAAUAAGUUAAACCGCUGCUACCACAGCCUGCUGCGUUGGUUACUUUUUUUUUUAUGACUUAGGUUGGAGUAGUAUACAGGUGUAUCAUUGUUUGUUGUUGUAUUAAACUUGUACACACCAUAUAAAGAAAUCCAUUUGUUUAUGAGUCCAGAACAACAUACUUGUGUUUCUACGAUUUUGCAUAUUCUUUGAAUAAUAUGGAAAAAAGUGGUAAUCCGCCUCCAUAUGGUUGGGGAAAUGGCCAUACUCUACAACCUCCGCCUGCCGCACCCCCGAGCUACUCACAAGCUGUUGGAGGAGUAGGACCUUCAAGCCCCUAUACUCCACAAUAUCCUGCUUCUGCAGGCCCACCUAUCGUCACUACAGUGGUAGCUGUUGGUCCCCAUCCAACACAUAUGAUAUGUCCAAGCUGUCAUGCAGAAAUUGAUACAGCUACUCAAACAAAGCCUGGCCUUAUUGCAUAUAUUUCAGGAGCUAUCAUAUUUCUAUUGGGAUGUGUUUGUGGAUGCUGUCUCAUUCCUUGCUGCAUAGAUAACUGUAUGGAUGUACACCACAAAUGUCCUCAUUGUGGGGCCUAUCUUGGACGUUAUCGACGAUGAAUCGACGCCUGAAAUAUUUUUUAUAGUAAUAUUGUUUUAUAGUAAUAUUAUUAUAUACGCAAUGAAUCUAGCACAGAUCUGAUAACAUUUAUAUGAAUGUUUAUUCAUAUAAUUUAUUGACUCAUUAUAAGUAAAGAUCAUGGUCAGAUAUUUUAACAUCAUUUAAUCUGUUUUAAAGGACAAUUUAAAAAUUUCUGCCUGUUUAAUUACGUUGAUGUUUUUCACAAUUUUUAAGAAUAAUAUUAUAGGUAUACUGAUUGUAUAUUAUUUAUAAAAAGAGUAAUAAAUAUAUUUUACUGCCUUAUAUAAUUUUUGAUGCUAUUGCAUUUUUAGUUGACACUGAAUAUAUUUUUUUUUAUUACUUUCGUAAAAAAAUAUUCCUAUACCUAUUACAUAAAAUCAACAAAUGCAAUGAUUUUAAAUUUGCCUACUUAAACUAAGGUAUGUGUAAUGUAAUAUAGAUUAGAAAUGAUCAAUUUAUUAUUUAUUUAUUUAAAUCAAAGCUCUCCAAAACAGUUACGCUCUCGGGCCAAUACAAACUGCUGCAGAAAUAAAUACUUAAAUUUUUUGAUGAGCAAAUACAACUAAUAUUUUAUUAAAAUAAUUACAACUAAAUUGGGAACCUCCCUUUUUCGAUGUCGAAGUUUAUUAAAAAUAAAAGUAUUGCGUAUUUGUCUUAAAUAAAGAUUACACCUACCCGCGGGCCGUGCUUUGGAUAGUUCUGCAAUCAUAUGUAUCAGUUUUCUAUAUGUAUAAGCAUAAUAUUAAAUUAUUACUCAUUUUAGAUUAAUCAUACCUACAGCUUUUAUUUAACGUUAAUGUAAAUAAUAUAAAAAAAAUCUAUCAAUGAAACAAUUUAGUAAUUAUUUUGUUACCAGCUUGUAUUCUGGCAUAAUAAUAACUAGUACUGAGAUAGCCAUUGUAUGGCUAAUUGGCAUAAUGUAUAUGGUUUUGAACAUGUGGUAAAAGAUGAUUGUACUUUCCAUUAAUUAUAUAUUAUAUUUCAUGGUUAUCUAUUGAAUAAUUAUUCUUAUGUUACUAAUCUACUCGACAGCUACCUACGCGAAGUGGGCGAUUAGUUACCUACUUAACAUAUUUGUUAUUUAGGCAUUUUAUUCAAAAUAGUUAAGUUGCGAACUCGAAUUAAUAACCAUUUUUGUAGUCUCAAUUUUGAUAAGUAUGUUUUAGUUUCUGUACGAAACAUGUCUUUAUUUAUUAGUAAAGUUGCUUUCUAGGUAGGUACCAACAUAAUGUAAAACUACAGUGUAUUGAUCGAUGACAUAAAAUAUUGCUAAUCGAUAUCUUCAUAUUAAGCAUAUUAAAAUAUUGACUGUCGUAAUGAAUUAUGUACUUACCUGUACACGUUAGUAUAACCCUUAGGUAUAGUAAUAUACUAAAUGAACGAGCCUACGAACAGACUUAGCGUCAGGGCAUAUGCAUAAAAUAUUAUUCGUGUGGUACAAUUAAUAACGCCUAAUUCUAUGCGAGUAUUUUUGAAACUUUAAUGCUAUCCCUAAGAAAUUUAUACGAAAGAGGUAUGAAAAUUGUUUGAAACUUUUAUACUAAAUUUUAUCAAGUACAGUGCUGUUUGUAAAAUUUUGUUCCACAUAAAAGUGACUUCAAUCCUGACUAAUUGACAAAACUUAAACCUGUCGCUUAAAAAAAAAAAAACAAUACAAAAAAUACAAAUACAGUCGAACUGAGAAUUUCUUUUGAAGCAGAUUAAAAAUAGUUUUAUAUUUAUAUUAUUUAGAAUUUUUUUCAUAUUCAGAAUAUGAAUUAGAUAUCCUACUAUCUGUGUUGUUACUAUACUAUAUCUUGUGUAUUACUCUUGUUAUUUUCUUUACACUGUAUACCUUUAUUAGCUAUAUAUGACGAUAAACAGAUAUUAGCAACGAAAUUAGACUCGCGUCAUACAUAUAACAGUACGUACGUACGUACGUAUUUCUGUAGAUUGUUAUGUUUGAUGUCAUCAAUAUUACUUGUGGUACGAAAUUUACAUAUUAUUUAUUUAAUUUAUUAUAUAAUUAACUACAAUAACUAGAAAUAAUUUAAUCACAAAAUGUUUUCUGAUACUUUUACAAAAAUAAAAAAUGUAUUAAUACGAAA